CUAGAAGGACUAUACACUCACCGCCAAUCAAACAAACAAAUCAAGAAAAAGAAUUCAAAAGAAAGAAAGAACAAAAAUGGCAAGAAGCAUGAAGUUAGCAUGUGUUGUUUUGGCGUUGUGCAUGGUAGUUAUUGCGCCUAUGGCAGAAGCUGCAGUCUCAUGUGGCACUGUAACUGCUGAUCUUGGUCCAUGCCUUACUUAUCUUACAGGUGGUCCUGGUCCUUCACCACAAUGCUGUGGAGGAGUGAAGAAGCUUCUUGCUGCCGCCACCACCACGCCGGACCGUCAGGCUGCAUGUAACUGCUUGAAAUCAGCAGCCGGUUCUAUUUCAAAAUUGAAUACUAACAAUGCUGCCGCUCUCCCAGGCAAAUGUGGUGUUAGCAUUCCUUACAAGAUCAGUACCUCUACCAACUGUAAUACUGUUAGGUUUUGAAGAUGAUGCUGCGGUUUCAAGGUUAUCAUAUGGAAACAUCUCAAUAGUAUAUGAGAGUUUAAUGUUAAGAAUAAUAGUGAUAUAGGAUCAUCUUACAUGUGGUCCUAUUCUCUUGUACUAGAUACUGUCUCUUACUAUGUUGUCGUAUCAAUAUACAUAUAUAGUGACGUAUUUUAAUUUGA